GAGGUAUCACGUCUCUCUUCUGCACUUUCUGUUGAUUGCAUACAAGAUUGGGAGCUCGACAAGAGUGAACGCAGCAUUUGGCACGAUGUUCAAGUUUCUGUAUUUGGUCCUACUUGCCUCGCUAGCUGCGAUCAUUGCUCGCGCCGAUACCGAAAUCGUCAACUUCCAUCUACCCUUGUCAAAGGAUACGACCGUCUAUCCUCCUCUCGAUAAUGUGAUUCAUACGAUAUCACCUUUCGAGACAGUAAAUCUCAAUCUCACAGACAUCUCUCCCGAACAAUGGUUUUCGCUCGAUUGGAAAGAUCAGCAAGACAAGUACAUAAGCUGGACUCUGCGUGCCUCUUGGCCUGCAUCUUCCCCAACCCGCAUCCAAAUCCUCCCACCCCACUCCCCCGGCUUUCUCCUCAUCCACGCCUCCCCCCUCUCCCCUCGCUUUCCUUACCACCCUCCUCUCUCUCGAUACCUCCCCUCCUUCCUCCGGCCCCUCUUUAACUUCCUCCUCCGGACCACCCAGCCGGUACCUGCGGAGAGAAAACUCGAUACUGAAUUCGAGACACCCCUUCACCUGACGCUGGAACCGCUCCUCUUGGGUGUUCUGCCGUAUACGGCGUUACCGGCGGUGAAGUUGAUAUUGGUGGUCGUGGUGGUGGCUGGUUUUGGGGUUCCUUAUGUUAUUAAGGGGUUAGAGGGGGCUGGGAAUCGGGUAGAUGGGAGACGGCGGAAAGAGGGCGUCAAGGAAGAGUAGAAUACUUUAGAGAGUUGUACAAUACCACAUGUUAAUAUCUACUGAAAUACUGGUAGCGUACUCUACCGUUUGAGCCUUCGAGUUUCUUUACGUCGUCUACCUCAAGUGGCUCGCUCUGGAUGGCCUUGUUAGUAGCUGGAAAAUCAAUGCAAAAGUCAGUUCGCAUUGGAGAUGUAUGUUCAGUUGGUUGGAAAGGAGGUGCGC